ACGAACAGGUGAGACAAGUCAAAUUUUCUUUUCCAGCUUUGGAGAGAGGAAACGUCAGGCGGUGGGGCAGAACUUUUGUUUCCCCGCCCUUCUCCUGGGUCCGUUAUGGACGGUAAGGGGGACCGAGAGCCUCUCCUGGGCCAGGAGUCCGCGGGUGUGAGGGAAAGGCACACGGGCUCGGCGGAGCAGGCCGAGAAGGGGGAACGGGACAUCACCAAGGAGGAGUGGUUCCAGGAACUGAGCAAGAAGGUUUACCUGGCACGGCGCAAGAAGCCCGACCCUUGGUGGGUCACCGCUUUGGAGGAGGAAAUAUCUCCUUUCCAAAUGCCCCAAUUCAGCACCAUACUACGUAACAGAGAUCAUGUCCUAACUGCAUUUUAUGUCCUGGUCAUCCUGUUUGUGGUGGGAUCUGCCUACUAUGCCUACAACUACUUUGAACACCUGCACUUCCAUGUGACCAAUGGCUACGCUCACCUGGGGUACCCGCAGGCCCAGCACUUUGUGGCACACAGGUACCUGGAGGGGAGAGGAGUGGACAAGGACCAUAGGAUGGCCAUGGACUGGAUGAGGAAGGCAGCUGACCAGGGUCACGCCCAUGCUGCAUACAACCUUGCCAUUGCUCACCUGAAGGGUCUGGAAACAGAUGUCAAGGAUGGGGAAGCCAGGAAACUUCUGGAACAUGCAAACAACAAUGGCGUGAAGGAGGCACAUGAUGUGCUCCACAAUGUCUGCUAUGCUGGGGGAAACUGCUAGGGGGCGCCCAUUCAAAUGUUCCCUUUGGGACAAUCUUGGCAGCUUCUUGCAGCAUAACAAGGAUUUUUAGAUUUCUAAAGGAGCUGAUGGGGGGGGGGGGUUACUUGUGUGAAGAAAACACAAUGCUUGCUGCAAUGUUAACUGGUUUUGUUAUGUUUUCCUUUGUUUAUAUCUAAUACCUUUGCUGUAUUUAUCAUUCAUAUCUUGCAAACCUUGUUUAGCACUUAUAUGAUAAAACAGCUAUUAAGAACUUCAAGACUUUGUGUGCAAUAUCUAUUCAGAAAGUGGUGUAUCUAAAGGACCAGAAGUGCUCUUGACAAUCAAACUAUGUUCAGCCUGUGGAAAUGUGGUGAACAGACUAGUGAGUCCAAAAGUGUUCCGACCAAGUAAAAUUGUAUCAGACAUCCUGUCCCUACACUGAAACAACUCUCCUGGCAUGUAUUUGUCCAACUGUGGGAAGGAUGGCACUGCUGCUUUUUGUGAAAGUCCUCUUUGUGGUAUUAUGAUACAAUCUUAAAUUAUAAUUGAGUUAAACUUCUAUAGUAUAGUAAUGCAGUUACAACUCGUCAAAUGUUAUCAUUUGUAGGAAGAUUUAGUUGUUGCUGCCAUUCCAAAUUUUUCACAGCUUAUGGAAAUAUGGAGCUUAUCUGUUGCUGCUGUAUCAUAGGCAGAGCAUUUUUUUUUACUUUGUACCAUUUUUUUUAUUUUAUCUCAUUGAUCAUAAGACUUUUAUCAUUUCUGUCCUCAUUGAGUUGACUUCUGCAUAGUUUCCAUCAUGCAGUUAUAACUUUUUAAAUGCUAUCAUGUGUAAGUAUCAUGUGUUGCUGCCAUUCUUUAUGUUCCAUAGCUUGUUACAUUUGGCAACACCUCAUUUUUUACUUUGUGUCUUUUUUUAUUUUAUCACAUUGAUAGAUCAUAGGACUUUUAUCAUCUCUGUCUCUCUUGUACAUAUUAUUUUUCCAUCAACCAAACAUACAUAUCAGUAAGGGAAAAGGCUACACUGGCUACUAACCUUACCAUCAUAGCUAUGCAAUGUGUUGUUGGACCAAUGUUUCACCAAGUCAUCGGUCAUUUUUUGUAGUAUAGCUUGUGCUUAUUAAUCAGAGUUGUUGUUGUCAUGUAUUUUAAAGUAGCUUCUUCUAAUGGUGCAGUAUCCUGGAAAUGAACGUACACACUAGUGCCUUCAAUAUACAAUACUAUAAAGAUAUCAUACCAUAUCAAAUAUCUA